AUGGAUGAUUCUGAUGAAACUUUUAUUGAAGCUGAUGAAGAUCAGGAAUUUAAUUUGAAAUCUUUAAUUUCACAUUUUUUUAAAGUAUUUGUAGAAUCUUCCAAGGCGCAUUUUCACUUGAUGUUAAUUCCUAAUUGUUGGUAUAAAGAUGAAUAUAUGAGUUCAAGUGAUCCCUGCUCUGGUGAAGUGAUCAAAACCAAAAAAGCCAUUCAAUUUGCUAUUAAAGAUGGCUAUGAUGAGUUACUCCAAUUUAUAAAAGAAUUUAAUAGAAGAAAGGAAGCUCAACAAGCUCAAGAAGAAGCGGCUAAGCAGCAAGAAGCUUUAGCAAAUAGGAAGAUGACCACAAACGAUAAUAAAGUUCUUUGUAAUAGAAAAGGAGUAUUAAUUGAUUCAAAUCAAAUUUUGGAUCCGUUAAAACACACUCAAAUUAUUUGA